AUUGAAGAUUCCCAACACAAAGCGAAGCACUGCCCGCCGCCAUGCCGAUCGUGUACGCGCUCGUGUCGCGCGAGAAGACGGUGCUGGCUGAGUACACGGCGACGUCAGGCAACUUCCCCACUGUGACGCGCGUGCUGCUGGCCAAGAUUCCGCCCACCGAUGGACGCAUGUCGUACGUGUACGACCGCCACAUUUUCCACUACAUCGUGGAGGGCGGCGUGACGUAUUUAUGCAUGGCGGACGACGACCUCAAGCGGCGCGUGCCUUUCCUCUUCCUGGAAGACAUGAAGAACCGCUUCCAAGCCGCAUACGGCGAGCGCGCACUCACGGCCAUCGCCUUCGCCAUGAACGACCAGUUCCAGCACGAGAUCCGCCGCCUGCUCGACUACUACAACGCCAACCCAGACGCAGACUCGCUCUCGAGGGUUAAGCAGCAGAUCGACGACGUUAAGGAUAUUAUGGUGGAGAAUAUUGAAAAGGUACUGGACCGAGGAGAGAAGUUUGAGCUACUCGUGGACCGCACGGACAAGCUGAACCGCCAGUCGGUCAAGUUCGAGCGCUCGUCCACGCAACUACGCAAGUCCAUGUGGAGACGCAACGUCAAGCUCUGGCUGCUGCUGGUGACUGUGGGACUCUUUGUCAUUUAUCUCGUCAUCUCCAUGGCCUGUGGCUUCGACUUCAGUGGCUGCUCCGGCAAGCGCGACGACGAGUGAACAGUUUAAAACACGUUUGCAUACUGGCAAGUAUUUUAUUUCUCUUCUCUGCUCCAAAAAGGUUAAAGUCGUCUAUCUAUUCUAUCUACUUCUAUUUCAUCUUUUCCGGCUUUACUUUUUUUUUUUUUUUACGACGCAAAGUCCAAGGCGCGGUCAAAAUUGGUCUCGGAUGUGCUGCGUACGCCGUGAUGCCAAUGGUUCUCGACGUUACUGUGCAGUGCGGCGGUGAUGGCUUUGUAGAUGACCUCGUCUCGCCCUAAGAAGUGAACCAGCGCGAACUGGCAGCACGUGAAAGCCAGCGCCUCCUUGGCCACAUCAACGUUUGGACUCUGCAACGCACGCGCCAGUCGAGUGAACACUCGACGCUGCAGGACUUGAGUCGGGUCCACUUGGUUAAGUGGAGGACCCGACAUGAUGACCCGUGCCACCAUUCGAAUAGCCCCCACCUCCUGCUUCGGGUAGCGCGUCGGCCACGCACUCAGCAACCGUUUGAGCAGUGGGCCGGUCACCGACGGCAUGUACGCCACGAACUGCCCAGCACAGCUAAUGAGUUCUUCGUCGUCGGAUCCUGCAGGAUCCACCCAAUGCGCGCGCCAGAGCGACACGAGACUGGUCAUACAGUUGCGUGCGAGUUCCUUCUGCUGUUCCUCUUGCUCCAGAGCCGCGUCGGAUCCCUCAGGAGGCGGUGUAUCCAAUAAACUCUCUUCAACGUGCUCGAUGGAGUAACGAAGGAACUCCGUGAAGCCGUGUCCGUGAUCGUGCAUGUGGUCGGUGAUAACUUGCGUCGAGGUUUUCUCAACGCCAAGCGUCUGCGCACGCGCCGCGACGGCUGUCACGUACUCCACACGCAAUGCUGUGGCGUCAGCGAGUGCCCGUGUAAGGUGCAGCCUCUUGGUGGGGCAGCUUUUGUGGAUAGCUCGCACAAUGUCCAGACGCGCGCUGGCUGUACGGAAGUCCUCGAAGCGCAGUGCGUUCACGAGUGCAUGCAUAAAUGUAGGGCUGAUGAGGCUGUCUGCUGCCGCUGCUGGGGUCACGGCAGUUGGUAGCGAUGACGGCGCAUGCAGAUUGAGUUGGUCUCUGAAGAGAGCAUUAGCUAGUCCUCGCUUGACGAACUCUUCAUUGGGUUCAUCCGUGUCUGUUCCUGUGUCGUCUCCGAAGGCGCUGAGUGCCUGGCGUGGACGAUUACGUCGACCUUCACUGCGUGCGAAUAGCGCCUUAAAGAUCGUGUCGAUGACAUCGUCACGACUGGCCACGCGCUGUGGCAGACGCUUCUGCUGACUAAAGAGUGUGAGCUGCUGGGGGAAGGCGCUUCCUGCUGUCUCGGGGUACACGUCCUCAGCGUCCUGUCCAGUUGACGGUGCAGUCUCCGCUUCCGGUUCUGUUGUCGUCUCUUGCGCCUGCAGCUCCGUCGAUGUAAGUGACAGUUUGCGACGGUGACGCUCGCGCAUCGACACGGCCGCGGCCUUGGCGGACGGCUGUGUCUGUCCCUCUUUAUUCAGUCCUUUAGUGCCCAUACGCUGUCGUCUGGGUUUGCUCGGAGUAUUCCCAUUACUGCCGCGAGCUGCAGUUCUACUUGUCUGCAGUUGCUGGUUCUUCUUGCCUGCCGCCUCGAUGUUUUUGUGUAAUUUAGCGGCGGCUGUUGCUGUGGCAGAGCGUUUCGGACGUCGAGAAGAUGCGCUAGAUAUUGCGGAAGACGAGGGACCACGUCGCUCCGUUACGAAGGCCAUCGAACGCUUGGGAGUGGCAGGCGUCGAAGCCGGCGGUUGGACGGCUCGUUGCGCAGCCGGCACGAACACGGGCGCUGACAGCGACAAAGAAACAUGACCGAAGCGCUGCUCGAGUUCAUCCUCAUCCAGACUGCGCUCGCGGUCCCGCUGACGACGUACGCGACUGGCUCGCAGCUUGGAACCGCCGCGCGCCUUGGCUGCGGUAUCGCCGUUGACAGCACGACGCAUGUUGGAGUGACGAUUUGGAACCGAUGGCUACAAUAGGGGUGGCCGAAAUUAUGACUCGCAACGAGUAUUGCAUACAUAGUACAAGCUAAAUUAACCAAACAGAAAAUUCGAGAAAUUGUUUUCAUCAUUUUGACAAACCA